AUGCUCUCCACACGUGUAGUGAAGGUCAUUCUAGGUGUUGCGAUCGUGCUUAAUCUUGCCUACUUUACUCAUAUAUAUUCUAAUGAAGAGGCAAAGCUUCGACAGCUAGCAUUGAAACACGCUACUUUUCAAAAUUACCAAGCUGAUGACCAGGUAGAAAUCCCCAAAAACAAACCUUACAGCGAGUAUACACCCGAGCAAAAGGUGGCGGAACUUCUUCAUAAAGUGGAACAGGACAAAGAUACUUAUUGGUUGGCGCAGACGGAGGUGACGGAACCCGAUUUGGUCAUCCAACCAAAGGAUUUUUUGCCUGGUGAAGAAGAUAGAAAAACCUGGGUGAACCGACCAGAGAUGUUCUACGAUCCGAGGUUCACAUUAGCAUUGUAUCUUGACGAAAUCAAGCACCAAUUGGUGACGAAAAAUCCCAAGAAUGAAAAGGCAAAAGAUGUGGAAAUUACAGUUCCUUUUGCUUGGUCGGACUGGAUGGACCUCACCAUGCUCAACGAGGAGUUGGCAAAGCCCCAGGAAGAACGGGUGGACUGUGGAUGGCUCCAAUCCAAAAUCAACAAGGCCACAAAAUACCCCAGAUUUUGUAGCAAUCAUCGAGAUAUCACCGAUGCCGAUGCCCAAAAACUCGGAUUACCGUCCAAGGACUUUCUUCCUGGGUUUGUUGUACACGGCUCUCCCAUGAACAAAGCUCCUCAUAAACAGGUGAUGAUGCAAGGAAAAGCGUUCAUGUUGGCGUCACAGGAAAACCCCAUGUCCAUCAUUUUCUUGACUAAAGACGGAACCUACGAGGCUCAGGUUCUGGAGAAAAAACGAAUAGUCCACACUGACAUGUUCGAGCGAUACUUGGACCGCAAAAACAUCAACGCCAAUCAUCUUGAUGACAUCGGAAAUAGUUUGGUGAUAAACUGUCAGGAGGAAUACCGCCAGCUUCUCACCACGGUUCCGCCUCGUCCGCUCGAUUUAGGUGAUGAUAUCUACCGCAUGAACAGCAUAGCGAGAAACAAGGACGUCAAUGCUUCGAGGGAAAUUUUCCUUGAACCUGAAGCCUUCAAUUAUCGUGAAGAUAAAGUAAACCAACAGAUCAAGCAGUACGAAACAAGACUCAACAAAAUGGAGCUUGCCAUGACAUCGGAGCUUCAUUAUGAUCCAGCAGUUCUUGCUGAAAACCGCUUAACCCGCCAUGAACGCAACCAUUAUGAUGGGUUGAAAAUGGCCAGUAUUACGCCGGUUGACAACGAGCCCACCUACUACAAAUUGGCAACUUUGUUGAAAGACCAAGAUAACAAAGAUCCCGGCUGGCAUAACGAAUGGCGUUUUUUCAACGGUGCUUUACGUUAUGUUCGCGAAGGCUACACUACGCAAGAUUUGGAGAUCAGAGAGCAAAUUAUAUUGGAUCGUUUGAUACGAAACUGGUUUCGUUUCGCGGAAGAAAAGGGCAUUAUCUCAUGGAUCGCUCACGGACCUCUUCUCUCGUGGUACUGGGACGGGCUCAUGUUUCCAUUUGACAUUGACGUGGAUAUUCAAAUGCCUUCAUCGGAAUUGAACCGCUUACUGAAAAAUUAUAAUAUGACUUUAGUAGUGGAAGACAUUAGUGAGGGUUAUGGUCGUUAUCUUAUCGACUGUUCUACCUUUAUCCACCAUCGUGACAGGCCUCAGAAAGACAAUCAUAUUGAUGCUCGGUUCAUCGAUAUCGAUACCGGAACCUACAUCGACAUCACUGGAGUUGGCAGAAACAACGAGCAACCUCCUCCCGAGUACGAAACAUACAUUCGCAACAAAAACUCCAAGGGAGAAGAGGUGGAACUUUACAUGGAUCGUCGUAAACACUGGUUGAGUUUCGAGCAAAUUUCACCAUUACGAUACUCGAUGUUGGGAGGAGUUCCCGUAUAUGUUCCCAACGAUAUCAUGUCGAUGUUAAACUACGAAUACAGCAAGGGUACCACGGCCUACCAUUUCAAUGGCUACUACUUUGUGCCACAGGUGAGAUUAUGGGUACUCGAAAAUCAUCUUACACCACUCUUUGAUGAGAAUCUUUACAAAGACGGCGACAAAGUCAAUCCAGAUAAAUUGGUGGAAUUGGUCACCCAGAUGACCAUAGAAGAUAAGGUUCGGCUUCUCGAGCUGAACCAGGACGUUUUGAUGGAGUACUACCUCACACACAAGUACACCAUGUAUCAUGACAUGGAGAAAAAAUUCAUGUUGGACCAUUCAUUACAGCAUCUGAUUUUAGAGUUGAAAGACAACAAAAACUACCAUCGACUCACAUCCAAAUUCAACAUGGGCAAGCCCUUGCGCAAGUGCUUGUAUGAUUUUGAAUUUAUCGAGCGGUUGAAGCAUAAGGAGCAAUAG